AUGGAUCCCAAUAACAACAACAAUCGCCAGAAUAACAACAUGAAUUACGGCUACAAUGACCGGAACUACAAUGCGGCCAACAGUCGCGCCUAUCCCACCACCCCCUCCGCCUUUCCCCAACCCAUCUAUCAGACUCAGGGGGGUCAGGAAUAUGUUGAUCCCGCCAAUCCGGCCUAUUCUCAAGGUUAUUUCAUGACCAACCCCUACCCUCCUCAGACACAGCAACAACAGUACGCCCAGCAACAGCAGUAUGCGCAGCAACAGCAGCAGCAAGGCCUCCAGUCGCCUCAACCCGCCUAUCAAAAUCGGAUGGGCUACCCCCCAACCGAUGGAACCAAUGGUCUCAUCCAGCAAUUUUCCAACCAGGAUCUGAACGCCAAUCGUGGCAAUUUCUUCGGUCGGGGGAACUCCCCCGCCGCUGCUCAGCGCCCUCGUACUGCGGGCGGUUCACCUGCUGGUCCUGCGCAGGCAGCACACUUGGCCCCUCCGGUGCCUCGCAGCCCUCGGCCCCCGUCGGAGAAUGAGGAGCUACAGCGUUUCUCGGAUAGAUACUCGGAGAAUGUGCACAAGCGGGGCAAGGCCGCAAAGGAACUUGUCACCGUUUUCUUCCAUGAGAACAUCGAGCGUGCCCGUGAUCGCAACAUGCGGUACGUACUAUUAUACUCUAGCCUUUGUGAAGCCACUGUUUGA